UGGCCACAGACAAUCGCGAUCUACCAUUGCCCAGCGCUCCGUCUCCAGAUCGUUGCGAACGACCGAAGUUGACGGGGUAUCGAAUCCUUGUCAUCGUCCUCACCGCCGGGUUCGGUUUGACGAAGGCCUAUUUAUCCUAUCUUGGCCUAUCGACAGCGCCCAACACGAUGGAUUGGCUGUACGGCGUUGGAGCUUUCUUGCUGAUCUACUGGCUAGGUAUCUGCGAGAAGCAUACUGUGCAUGGAAUGCCACUCUUGUUUGAGAAAGAUUAUCUUGCGUGGUUUCGUCGGAAUCGACCCACGCCGCAACGACAAGGCACCGGCCUUCGCGAAGACUAGU